UUCGAGGAGGUGGCUGUGUAUUUCACCAGGGAAGAGUGGGCUCUGCUGGACUCUGCUCAGAGAGCCCUCUACAGAGACGUCAUGCAGGAGAACUAUGAGAAUGUGACCUCGCUGGGGCAUAAACCUAUUGAGUCAUUUGGGGAAAACAUAUGUGAUUACUCCAUCCUUAUAAAGCAUCACAGAAUCCACACAGGGAAGAGGCCCUAUGAAUGCAUUGAGUGCGGGAAAACCUUCAAUCGCAGUUCGCACCUUAUUGGGCAUCAAAGAAUCCACACAGGGCAGAGGCCCUAUGAAUGCAGUGAGUGUGGGAAAAGUGUCACUAGCAGAUCAGGCCUUUCUAAACAUCAGAGAAUCCACACAGGGGAGAGGCCCUAUGAAUGCUGUGAGUGUGGGAAAAGCUUCACUAACAGCUCAGCCCUUUCCGAACAUCAGAGAAUUCACACAGGGGAGAGGCCCUAUGAAUGCAGUGAGUGUGGGGAAAAAUUCAGGCGCAGCUCAGUCCUUAUUAGGCAUCACAGAAUCCACACAGGAGAGAGGCCCUAUGAAUGCAGUGCGUGUGGAAAAUGCUUCACUAGCAGCUCAGGCCUUUAUCAACAUCAGAGAAUCCACACAGGGGAGAGGCCCUAUGAAUGCAGUGUGUGUGGGAAAAGCUUCACUAGCAGUUCAGGCCUUUCUAAACAUCAGAGAAUCCACACAGGGAAGAGGCCCUAUGAAUGCAGUGAGUGUGGGAAAACCUUCAAUCGCAGCUCAAACCUUCUUACCCAUCAGAGAAUCCACACAGGGGAGAGGCCCUAUGAAUGCAGUGGAUGUGGAAAAUGCUUCGCUAGCAGCUCAGGCCUUUAUCAACAUCAGAGAAUCCACACAGGGGAGAGGCCCUAUGAAUGCAGUGAGUGUGGGAAAAGUGUCACUAGCAGCUCAGGCCUUACUAAACAUCAGAGAAUCCACACAGGGGAGAGGCCCUAUGAAUGCUGUGAGUGUGGGAAAAACUUCACUAGCAGCUCAAACCUUUCCGAACAUCAGAGAAUUCACACAGGGGAGAGGCCCUAUGAAUGCAGUGAGUGUGGGGAAAAAUUCAGGCGCAGCUCAGUCCUUAUUAGGCAUCGGAGAAUCCACACUGGAGAGAGGCCCUAUGAAUGCAGUGUGUGUGGAAAAUGCUUCACUAGCAGCUCAGGCCUUUAUCAACAUCAGAGAAUCUACACAGGGGAGAGGCCCUAUGAAUGCAGUGAGUGUAGAAAAUGCUUCACUGACAGCUCAGCCCUUUCUCAACAUCAGAGAAACCACACAGGGAAGAGGCCCUAUGAAUGCAGUGUGUGUGGGAAAAACUUCACUAGCAGCUCAGGCCUUUCUAAACAUCAGAAAAUC